AUGAGCCCAACGAAUUCACAAGUGCAUUGUGCUCACACAACCCCGCCUCUCACGAUGCCUCGUUUCCACCGUCGUGUGCAUCUGCCGCUGCACAUUAAGCGCGCGGUAUGCGCGCAUCACGUAGAUAACCCCCGCAUGCGGCACGUUGACCUGGCGAAGUGGUGCUAUUCCCAGUACGGCUUGCGCCCUGACCGCUCCACUGUCGGGCGCAUUCUGAAAAGCGCCGAGCGCUGGGCUGUCGUGGCGAUGGGCGACAACCAAGUCCGCCGGCGUGGCGGCGCAUGGCCGGAGCUGGAGCAGGCCAUGGCGCGGUGGAUCGCAAACGCCGGCCCCGCCGGAGUUCCUCUGACGCUGCAGACCAUCCGCGACCAUGUCGCGACUAUGGCGCGACACAUGGGCAUUCCGCCCACCUUUCGCUGCUCCAUCGGCUGGAUGCGCCGUGCGUUGCGGCGCCAAGGGGUGUUGAAGGAGCGCCUCACGGUGGCAUUCCUGGUCGAUGCGGACGGGAGUCACGCGUUCCGCCCGCUUGUCAUCAGCAAGGCGAAGCGCCCGCACGAUUUCCGCCCAGACUACGACCCCGAGGCCCUCUGCUACCGGCGUCACAACGCCAAAGGGUGGAUGACGUCACCGUUGUUCUCUCACUUCAUAUCGCAACUGAAUGCUGCGAUGUAUGCGGAGGGCCGCCACAUCGCAGUGUUACUGGACAACGCGAGCUCGCACAUGCUGCGGAGCGAGCAUGCGUGGAGCGAGAUCGUAUGCGGCAUGCGGACGACGUGUUUGAGCAAUGUCCAUCUCGUCUUCCUGCCACCGAACACCACUGCCUUCACGCAGCCCCUUGACCAGGGCAUCAUUGCCACCGCCAAGGCCCGCUACCGCCAGCACUGGCUGCGGGCCUUCACGGCUUUGUGGAGUGCGGACGGCGCGACCAGCGCUGUCGCGCGGUUCCGCCCGAACCUGCGCGACGUGUUGGGGUGGCUGUCGGACGCGUGGACGAGCGUCGGUGCGCGCACCAUCCAGCAGUGCUGGUGGUGCACGGGAUGUCUCCCGCUGACGUGGUCCAUGGAGUUGACCCACGUGCACGACGACGAGCCCACCCCGCCCGUCUAUCCCGACAUCGAGCUCGAUGACGACAUAGACGACGUCGGCACGCUCAUAGGUGGGCUCGGGCUCGGGCAUGGCGCGAUGACGGCGACCGAAUAUGUCGCCAUCGACGACGGUGAGCCGACGUGCGCCGAGCCCGCGGCGGAGCAGACGAUGACGGAGCUGGAGGUGGGCCCGGUGGCAGAGCUUUGGGAGGCGCCGACCACAAUGCAGGCUGUAUACGACGAUGCCAACCCCGUGGGCCGUGAAGCGCAGCGCACUGCCCGGGCGGCCUGCGAGAUGCUCAUCGGCUAUGCUCGCGCGACGUGCAUCGCGCCGCGCGACCUCUGCCACCUGUUCGACAUCCGCAACCCCAUCAUUAUCGCGCGGAUGGAGCGGGCAAGCCCGCCCAUUAAUCUCAACGUGGCUCCCCCGCCCGUGCUUACCCCGGGCGCAACACCCACGCCUGGCACCCCGCGCCCGCGCGGCCGUGUUCUGCCUGGCUGGAUGACCCAGCCGUCCCGCCGUCAGCAGCUGCUGGACGCCGGUGUUGGCGCCGUUUUGGGCGACGGUAUGUUGACGCGACGGAAUGGAUGCGCAUGUGAGGUGUGUUGGAGCCACCCCGUACAGGCGUCAGGUGGAUUUUGA